AUGCAACUUGUAGAGCAAUACCGAAAAGAAUUUGGGUAUGUUCUGAGGAGAGGGAGCCGCAGCUGCCAUCCCUGCCGGCUUCCAGCCUUCCCGCGGCGCCACGGACACCUUGCCCAGGCCCAGGCGCUGCGGCGGAGAGGCGUGAGGCCGUCUGACGGAACCCCCCGCCCGCCUCACCGCCUGGCGGCGCGACCGCGGUCUGCUUGGUCCCGGGGAGGGCGGGGGUCGCCCCCGUCCAAGGGCUCCCUACCCGGGCUUGGAGCGGGUGGACCCCGCGGGCCGAGUCCCGCCCGCCCGCCCGUCCGCGCCCCGCAGCACGUGCCCGGGGCAGCGCGCGGCCCCGCCGCGUGUUGCUUUAAGCGCUGCCCCCUUCUCUCCCUCCCCGCGCAGGCUCGGCCACUCAGGGCCGCGCUCGGCAGCCAAUGGGGGCGCCGUAGCUGCGCGAGCCGAGGGGCGGUCUCCUCCUCGCGGGGCAGCCCCACGCGUGCCGGCGGGGCGCGGGGGAGCCCCCCUCGGCCCCACCAUCUACCGCCGUCGCCGCCGCCGCUGGGCUGCGGGCCCUCACCUUGCUCUUCUCCGUUGCCUCCCCUGCCGGAGGGCAGCGCCACGGCGGCGGGCUGGGUCCGGCACCGGCGGCACUCGCCGGAGCAAGGCAGGAGCUCGCCGGAGAGAAAGAGCCCCAGCUCGCCCGUCUGCAAAGCUGACAAAUCAAGACCACCUUCAUCAAGCCCUUCCAGUAUUAUUCGCCGGACUUCCUCAUUGGAUACACUUGCUGCUCCGUACCUUGCUGGACAGUGGCCUCGUGAUAAUCAUGGACAAGCUGCUCCAUGUAUGAGAGACAAAGCCACACAGACAGAAAGUGCCUGGGCUGAAGAAUAUUUAGAAAAGAAGAGAAGCUCGCACAAACGUUCAUCAUCAUGGGGCAGCAAUGAACAACUCAAGGAGAUCGCAAAAUUGCGUCAACAAUUGCAGAGAAGCAAACACAGCAGUAGGCAUCAUCGUGAUAAAGAAAGACACUCUCCAUUUCAUGGUAACCAUGCAGCCAUUAACCACAGUCAGGCUCCCAUCCCAAAGAAUGCUCUUGUUCCUGUGGUACCAAUUACCAAAUCAACAGGAUCACGAUUCCGAAACAGUGUUGAAGGACUGAAUCAGGAGAUUGAGAUAAUAAUUAAGGAGACGGGAGACAAAGAGGAACAGCUUGUUCCUCAAGAUAUUCCAGAUGGGCACCGUGCACCACCUCCAUUGGUUCAGCGUAGUAGUAGUACUCGCAGCAUUGACACCCAGACGCCUGGUGGAGCAGACAGGGGUAGUAACAACAGCAGCCGCUCCCAGUCCGUAUCUCCAGCCUCAUUUCUUACCAUCUCUAACGAAGGCAGUGAGGAAAGCCCAUGUUCUACAGAUGAUCUUCUUACUGAUUCCAGAGAUAAAGAGAAUGGGAAUAAUUCUCCCUUGCCAAAAUAUGCUACCUCACCAAAACCCAACAACAGCUACAUGUUCAAGCGUGAACCUCCAGAGGGCUGUGAAAAAGUGAAAGUCUUUGAGGAAAGCUUGCCAAAGCCAUUGCAUGAAAUUCCAGCCUUCUACUGCCCUGACAAGAACAAAGUGAAUUUCAUUCCUAAAAGUGGCUCUGCUUUCUGUCUUGUUAGCAUCCUCAAGCCACUUCUUCCCACACAGGAUCUUACACUUAAGGGCACUACCCACAGCCUGACUGUCUCCUCCGGCAUGACGUCCAGUUUGUUGCAGCCCAUUUCUAUGACUUCUUUGUCUACAAGCACAGAUCAAGACAGGAUCUCUCGUGGAACAAGUACAGUAAUACCACAGACCUCUAUACUUCAGCAAUCGGCACGUAUUGAGGAAGCUGAAGGAUAGAUUUAGAUUGUCUUGACAUUUUUCUGGCCAACUACUGGGAAAAAUUGGAACCAGUUGACUGGACAUUUGUGAUCACACUAUUUGCAUUGUUUUAACAAUUUAUGGCACUGUCAUAAUUGAAUUGUUUGUAUAUUUGACAGUUGGUAGCACAUUGAGAAGUUCAGGAGGAUGCAGCAGCUGAUACUCUGCUCUUUCUGCUUAUGAAGACUCUGAUUUUGUUUCUCUCCUGCUUUUUUAAACACUGGUGAAAACAAAGACUGUCAUAAUCCUUUGCGAUUUAAAGGACCAGUUAUUGUGAUGCUAUGUGUCCUUUGACUUUUUUUCCCAUUAAAGCAAAAAUCUCAAGACCAACCAGCUGAUCCCAUUUACCGUUGUAAUCUGCAGAGGGAGGGGAUAAUCAGAUGGUUUUGCAAGAUGUCUUUUAUAUGAAAAUGUGUAUUUUGUAACAAAAAUUCGCCUUUUCUGGUGCGUAGCAGAUGGUGUUUAGAAGACACAUUCCUGGUAAUGAUUUUUCUUCCCCCCUCCCUCCCCACUUUGUUUGUUUUGUGGGGGUUUUUUUGUAGUGAAGGUUCUUUUUUGCUUGGCUGUUUUGCAGCUGCUGGGACCAAAGGGUUGCUGAAGUAUUUCAGCAGUCUCAAAUUAUAUGACCUUGCUGAACAGCCUCAGCCCUAAACAAAAUAAGAUAAGUUAAUACGUUUGAAACUUUUAAAACAGAAGAGUAUCCAAAAAGCAGUGUUAGUAUAUAGUGUACGUUUUUUUUUUUUAUAUUGGAAGUUUGUGCUUCAGGUAAGUCACAUUCUUAAAACUCCUUACAUCACAGAAUUCCCCCCAGUGUUAGUUUAUUGGCUGGAAAAUUGCAUUUUAAAGCACUUGCCCCAGUAUUGUUCUAUUUGUCCAUAGGAUUUUUGUGCAGGGGUGGGGAAAAAACAUGUUAUCCUCUUACUUGGUAUUCUUUCUUCCAGAAAACAUGCCACUUGCCUCUUACAGGCUCGUUUGGCUACUUAUGGGAUUAUUCAGCCUGAAUCAUUAAUCACUCUUGGCACAAAUUUGCUCUGACUUAACUCAUCACUGUAUUAUAGAUCCUGGCCAUGUAAUACUGAAAUAUCUGUGCAUGAUUUCCUUCCUCUUGUCAUAGUGGUGUCUUGUGUGUCCGUUGAAGGUGAUGGUUUGCCAGGUGUGAUAUCUGUUACACAGAAGUUUACAGCAGCAGAUACAUUCUCCCUUUUUGACUAGCAACUUCGGCUGGCACGUAAAACUGAGGAUUUUCUGACAGUUGGUCUGUCCUGAUAUGCAGCAGUUUAUGGUUCUUUUGAAAUCAUAAGAGGAGAUGAAAAUGAGGGGGGAAGGCAAUUGCAAACGGAAACUGUUCAGGAACUUCAGCAAAGUUGCUCGUGUUCCUGGGGUGCGUUACUUGGGUUUAAGUAAAUAGAAUAUAGAUAUGCAAACAACUGCAGUGACCGGAAUGCCGGUGUCUUAAUAACUUAAAACCAAGUCGACCUUGUACCUCUUUCACAGAGUUAGAUUCAGUAAGGUCAAAGUAAGUGUCAUCAUGGACAGUCUCUGGGUCUGACUAUUGGUCUGUUAGACGUGAGCGGUUCUCACUGGCUUGCAUAUACUUAGCUUCCAUGGAUCAGUUGCAUACUCAGGUCCCCUCAUAACUGCAUCUAUUUAAAGGUGGUAAUGCAAAUAAAACAAUUUUGUUCAUUGUUUAAUAUGCUAAACUUGAAUGCAAAUGCUUCACUUGGGAGAAAAGAAGAAAAACCCCUCAGACCUCUGCAGAUAAUAGUCAUAGUUUUGAUGCACAUUUCCUGUUCCUUUAAAUCCUACAUAAAUAACUGAUAGCAAUGUACUUUACUCAGCAAGUAAGUGCAAAUCAUGUUAGCAUGCGCAAGUCCUGUCAUAGUAUACUAAGACCCUUUUUAAAAAUUAUGCAAAAAAUCAGCAAAUGAAAAACAUACCAGGAAGUAUUAAAAUAUUAUACUGGUUAAAUUAGCAAAUGAGCAAAACUUGGUUUACUGUCUUUCCUCCCAUCAGAAUAGAUAGGAUUGUGUGGGUGGGGACUAAAGAAAUCUGUUUUGAAGUAACAGCUCUGAUUUACACUGAAGGUGGUGUUGAGGGACAGAGUUUCAAAAUAAGCACCUUUGUGCAUCAAAUGUACGUGAUUUGGGCAGUUGAUAAUACUUUCCUUGGUUUUGUGGGUAUUAAUUAGUUUCUUCUGAAACAGUGCAAUUUGAAGUUUAAACUUUACUGCUUUAGAUAAGUUUGUUUAAACCUGGUAUGGCUGGAUCCAUGGAAGAUCAGAUCAUUCAGGUGAAGGAGUGCUUCUAAGUCUGUUUUCUAUUUCUGUAACAGUAGCAUGUAAAGAGCUUUUCCGUCAAUGCCAAACUGCCUAGUGCUUUAUCAGGGGAUCUUAACUGAAAGGUUAAGAACCAAAGGGCUAAAGUUAACAAAUAGCCUUUAUUACAGCCUUGACACUUAACUGACUUCACCAAAACUGCAUUCUGGUGUUUGCUUUCAUCACAGAGUGACUCUCCCAUAUAGCAGUGGGCUUUCUUACCCUAGGACAUUCUUUUGCACCUGUUAUAGUAGUAUUUGAGCAUCUUUUUGGUAGUUUACAUAAUAUGUUAUUGGACAAUGUGCUGUACAAAUUAGUGAGCUGCUCUGAUAAAACCCAAAUGUAAAUGUGUGAGAUUUUUGCUUUUUAUAAAAACUGCAUUCAGGACAACAUUUAGUCUUUUUUUAUAUGUAGGACAACUCUACUAUUGCUGUGGCAGCUCUACUUUAUUAUGAAUUCACACUAAAGACUCAGAAUUAAGAAAUAUGACAGCUCAUGUUCCAAGACCAGCUUUUACAUGUGUGCAUACAGAAAUUAGCCUUAAACUUUUAUGUGCUGUCUUGUGCCAUAGUAGAGCUGUUAGAUGAAGUAUUUAAAUCAAUUUCAAAAUAGCUUUGAGAGUGCAUGGAGCUUUUUAAACAUUCUUUUAUUUAUAGAGUGGGAUAUCCAUUUUUUUAGGGGUUGACCCAUGCAUUACUCAAAUGCAGUUUUACUGAAAAGAGUUCUUUUGGCAUACUUUAAAUCCUAACUAUGCAUAGACCUAGUCAAUUCCUUGAUUGCCUACCUUGUAGCUUAAAUUAAAGGUCUGUUUUUAUGCACAACUUGAAACACUUGAUACUCCUGUUUUCUUGGUAUUUACACUUGUAUUUACACUUAGAGGCUAGUGGUAGUAUUCGGUAACACUGACAGCUGAUUUUGAGAUACACCAUUUAGUGUUCCUCCAGUUGUAAAUUCUAUUUAAGUCACAAGGAAGGAGGUCAUUGUUGUAAUAAAGGUCUGUGAUGGCAGCUAUGACUAUUGGAAUCCUUUUUUUAAAAACUCAAGGCACAAGGGAAAAGGACUUCUUUGUUAAAGUUUGACCUGCUUCAGCUAUUCUUUCCUUGCUUGGUGUGGUGCCAUAAUCCUGUAGCAACAAAUUUAAGUACUUGUAAAAAUAACAGAUAACGCUUGAGUGCAUAUAUCUUGGAAGGAAAUUCUUGAUUGCAUACACAUAUCCCAAGUGAGGAAAAAAGGGAGUGAAAAUUCAAUAUUGCAUACUGUGGAAGUAAAUGAUUACUGUGUUUGAUUUUAUGUAAAGCAAUACCAGCUCUUUAAAAGUAUGUUUACUCUCAGGGCUUUUUUUUUUUUGGUUUGUUCUAAAAUACAGUUUACUGGAAUUCAGAAUCUGAGAUUGGUUUGGGUUUUUUUGUUUGGUUUUUUUUUUCUUCCCAAAAGGCUCAGCUUCAGUGUUUUCCAACAAAGUCGUGUCCGUUAACCUUUCUUCUGCCUCAGGCCUAACUUCUUAUUGCUUAUCGAGUUUAAUAGAAUUCAGUGGUACAGCAAUAACUCCUUGCUGAAGUAUUAUCUGUCUGCUUCCUGCCAUCUCUGAAAUGCUAACUGAUGUCUUCACAGUAACUCACAGCCAGUGAUGUCCAUAUUUCUUUCCUGAAUGUUACUUUGCCUGACAACUUCUCUGUGAAACUGAAAGGGCCAAUGAGAAUGCAUAGUCACCAGAGACUUGCAGUUACAAAGUUCAGCGACUUCUUAGGUAUCUUGAUUUAAAUUUGACUCAUCAUGCAUAUGCACACAGUCUGCAUAGGUCUGCUGCUUUUUGUAUUUUAUGGUUUGAGGCAGGACUGGUAUUUGUAAGAAUCUUUUUUUAUGGGUAGACUUGCACACCUGUUCUCAUCCAGAAUUGAUGUGCACUUACACGUAUCUCCAAAGCAAAGCUUGUGUGUCAUUCUCACUUGUUCUCAUGAAAUGACUGUAACCCCAAAAAAGCUCUUGACAUAAAAGCAUCCAAACUCUUGAGAAUGUCAGGAGUCUUCUUUCUCCAUAUAGUUCAUAGUUUAAGUGUGUGCCCUUCAACAAAUGCCAUAGCCUAAAGAUGUCAUUGUGGCUUAGACCCAAGCCAGGCUGGCACCUAUUGAAACAAAAAUGUUUGCUCUUAGGUAAUAGAAGAUACACUUUUCCUAACCUAGGGAGGUGAAAAGCACUGUGGAAGAAUUGGUUUCAUUGCAAUCAAAGAAUUCUUAUGGAAUUGUUUUUCAAAACCUAGAAAACAAAAUGACCACUUAUUGCAAGAUGUACCUAUAUAUUUUCUUGACAUGAGUUUUUAGGUGUCUAGCAACUCUGAAAAUCAGUUCUGCUCUUUACAUUUUAUGUAUACGAAGAAUGACCUAGAUGCAUUGUUUUGAAACUGUUACUUUACCUGUCAAGUCAGUUGGGGAGAGAAUGUUAACUAUUCACAAGUGUUCUGUGAAUUUCCAGUCCUGUACCCCAGCUGAACUGCAACAGUCUCUUUCUAAAUGCUCCAAAAUGUAAGUGGAGUCCUGUUACUGCUUGAUUUCGUUGCAUGUCAUCAGUAAAUACUUAAGGUAUGGUCUUUGUUUAAUAGUUCUUCACUGGGAUUUGUAUUUGACUACAGAGACUUCUGUAGUGUUGACAGGUCUGUCUGAAUUGUGGAAGAGGGCUUGGCCUGAUAAUGCUGAAAAGAAACAUUUCCUACACAAUUUCUUUUUUGAACAACUCUCUUUGGAAAAUUUAGUAAACUAAAAAAAUGGAAACCCUUUCUGGACACCUCAUCCACCCUAAUUGUCAAUGUACUGAUAGUUAAAGUAUUGCUUGUCUUUAUUCUAAAUUACUUCAUUUAUUGAAAUGUGCCGUUUUUGAGGGUAGCAAUCAAGGGCUGUCUAAAACUGCCAUUAGAUUUGCCUUUGUAUGGAAUUGGCUGAUAUGUUUUCCUCUGUUACACUGUGAUAACUUGUGGAGGUGUUCUUGCAUAUGUUGUACUGAUAGGUUACUUGUUGCAUGUAAGGCGAUUUUUGUAAGUAAGAGGAAUUCCAGGGAUGUUCUGCAAAAAGGGCCUAUUCUGAGGUGAUGUACACUGGUGUAAAACUGGAGCAGCUCAACUAAUUUCAAUGGAAUUCUUGAUUUACACUAGUCUCUUUGCUAUGUGUAGUUAUGCCAGUACUAUUUUGCACAAUGUUAUUUUGAAUCUUAAGUUCUGACUUGUGAACUGUUUCUACUGAAAACAGUGAAAAUUUUACAAACUGCAAUAGUGGAAUGUUGUUGGGAUUUUUUUGUUUGUUUGUUUUUUGCCUAAAAUAAAAAGUCAUCACUUUGGC